AUGCUCUUCUGGACUCUCCCUGAAGGAGGCGUUGCCCUCCUCGAUGAGGAGGCAGCUCAGGCCGUGGCCCGGGGCGGCGGCGGAGGCGGCGGGGGCGGCUGGGGACCUUUCGCGGCAGUUCUUCUCGGUGCUAAAGCCGUUCAUCUCCUCGUCCCGGCGGGCCUCUCUGGGGGAAGGUAUCCUAAGCCACUCCGUAGCCGUGCUCCCCGCGGGGCAGGUCGCCGAGGCCCCCGCACAAGAGGGUCCCAGAGCCCGUCUCCAGCCAAGGCGCUGCCCAGCCCCGCUCGCGGGAGGCCCGGCCCCGCGCCGCCGCGCUCCGGCUCCUUCGGUUCCCGGCCCGCGUCUCCACUGAGCCCCUUUCUCCCUGCUCGCGUCCCGGGGGUGGUCUCCCACGGCUUGCAGGGCCCCGCCGGGAAUCUCCCUGAGGCGCCUUCUGCCGGGGGACCUGAACCGUCACCCUUCGGCGGGGACGUCCAGGAGGGAGUCCCAGGAAGCAGCUUCUCCCCGAAGACUCCGGGCCCCGGUUGCCAGAGGGUUCUGAGGGCCCCCGCCGGCUCCAGCCUUAUUUCAGAUGCGGAGCAAACUCGCCGCCGGGCGGCUGCCCCGGGGUGGCGCGGCCUCCCUGCGCGGCGCCCGGCCUUGAACCCGCGGCGCCCGGUCCCCUGCUAA